UUUACACUUAAGGAAUAUUUAAAUGGAAACCUGAUUGCAUUUUCUGCUAUAUCUUAGCGUAAGUCAAGGCCCGUGUACAAAAUCCAAAGCUGUCUUAUUCCUCCUGACUUGGUUAUUUUUCUACAUUUGGGAUGUAACUUCUUGUUACAAACUUCUGCAUUGUUGAAUAUUUUCUAUCCUUUUAUAGUCCGUUUCCUUUCCAUCUCAGUGCUACUCUUGGGUCUGAUUUGUAACCAAUGUAAUCUGCAUUAUAUACUGUCCUCAACUAAAGCCUGGGCAGACUCGUGAAAUAGCAGGAAACUGUCUUUGUCUUUGAAGCACUACAGUACUUUCUUUUUGUGUCUGUCUAAAUAAUUGUGCCAGGAAAUGCAUCUUAUACAGCCACUCUGGAUAAGCAAUAUAUUGUACUGUAAAUAUAGCAGUUGCUAUCACAACCUGGAGUUAAAAUGUCUGGAUGGUAACUAGUGCCUGUCUAAUAUACCUUGGAAAAGAGCAUAGGCCUUCCUCCUAUGGUGCUGUUACAAAAAAACUAUUACCUGUUUUGAUUCUGGGAAGUUGUGAAAUAUGGUGGACAAAAUGUUGCUAUGUUACAUUGAGAUCCAAACAGUGGGUUUUGGUUUCUUUGUAAAGGAUGUCCAUAAAACUCAAGGGGUUUGGGUUUCAAUGUAAUUGUAAAUAGGUAAAACUGUCUGUGUGUUUGUGUCUGAAACUGAAUUCUGUGUGGUGAUCCUAGGACUGAGAGGGAGGGAGAGGGGAUGCAAUCAGGUGCCACUAGUUUUUCCUGACUGAAACCCACUGUAAAUUAGUGAAUGGUGUGAAUUGCAGCCUGGCUGAGGUGUUGGAAAUGAAUGAAAACUAUUGGGAUCAGCAUCAGCCUCACGUGAAUGACUGAAUAAAUGCAAUAAAAGGCUCAUAGUCAACACUCUUACUUUGUUCAUCACUUAUUACAGAUUUUUUGUUAUAAAUUUGAGUAUAUGAAUUAUGUAAUUUGUAAAAUGAUGCUGUAGUGGAUACCUUGCUACAACACUAUUAAAAAUCUUUCCUUUUUGUGAGAUGAGGUUUGUAGAAUAGUGAGAUUCUUUUGUAUGUUGAAUCUUGGUCUGUUCCUGAUGGUGGGAAUGCUGGAGUGAUGUAUCUCACUGUGAGCUGGUACUUGGCUAUUUGCAUAACACGGCAGUUCUGUAUAUUCUUUUGGCUAACUGUAAAUAUAAAUGUUUCAUAAUAGCUUAGUUGAAUUUUUGAGGUACAGCUGUUUGUGUGAGAUUAGAAAAAAGUUUAUUUCUAAGAACUUGUAAAAAAAAAAAAAAGUAUUUUCAAUAAAAUUCCCUACCUCACCUCUAUUGUGCAGAAAUGAUCCCAUUUUCCUAUGUUUAAUUUUUCCAACUUCGUUAGUAAACGCUAAGAUCCUCUUUCAGUUAUUGUCAAAACUUUGCUAGUUUUCAUCAAAUCACUCAAAUAAUGGAAUGAUGAAAAGUCUGAAGUCUUACUGGUUUCCUUUAUUUCCAUUACAUUGAUCAGGUAUUUGGUACCUGAAAAGCAAAUUCUAGGCAGUUUGUGCCAUCUUAAGCUGCCCCCUCUCUCUACCUUGGGGGCAGAGCCUGUGCACGGUGGUGACAGUGUGUAGUGCCUGGCCAGGUGUGAUGGUGGAGGGGGUUUUAUUAUUUUUCUUUCUAGCAGUGAGGGGUGGGUGACAGUGCUACACCAAGCAUCUAAGACCUUAGUGGGAAGGGUUCCCAAUCCUUGUUUUGCAGGGAAGGUGACUGGACAAAUACUUUGUUUGCUUUCUUUACUUUGAUGUAAAUGCCCAUAAACAUAAUCAGUUCUAAAAAUUAACAUCUUGAGCCUUGGAAGUUAUGCCAGACUGAAAGGUAUUUAACUCCUUACAUCUUAAAGAGAGAAUUAGUGCCAGGAGUCUUCUCUGCCCUUGCUACUGGAUGUGACUGUUUCUCUGGGUUCUGAAGUGGAUAUAGCAAAUCCAAACCCAAUUUUUAACCUUAAAACUUGCAGUGCUUGGGUUUGAUUCCCCUAUAUUCCUGCCCUUGCAACAGCAACAUUGGUGUUGCCAUAGUUCAGAUUGUGUUCUUUGAUAACACCUUUAAAAUUUCUGAGCUGUCCCAUGGUGCAGGUCCCUGUGGGAAGGGAAAAGUAGGGGAGAAAAGGCACUGGAGUGUGUGUCCUGGAAGCCCUUCCUUGGGAAAACUCUGGGUCUUUGCCUGUGUACAAGAACCAGAGGUUUGAUAGGAGUGGUGUAGAAGUGGCAAUGGUUCCUGCCGAGCUUUGUGGAAAAGCACUAAUUUUGAACCCAAAUAAUCUCAAGAGACCAUGGGUUUUCUGGAACCGGAGGCUGCCUCCUUGGAAAGAGAGGUAGAUAUGUGUGUGUUUUUAGAUGCAAAUGUUUACAGCCUAUUGCUGGUGGUAGUUCCAAGACCAGUGUAACAUAGCUGGGUUGGCCUGCCUGUGGCCCUUCCCUUCUGAGAUGUGAGCCAUGACUCACCUUACCAUGUGAAAGAAACACAGGCUACCCCUACAACCAUACCAGGACAGGGCUGUGCGUUCAGCUUCUGAGAUUUAAGCUCCAAAUCUUGAGGAAACCUGCAGUCACAGCAGGAGCUUGGCAGCCUGCAUGCACUGUAAUGGGUUCUUACUGGUUUCAGAAAGGAAGGCUGUAGUCUUUAAACCAGCAAGGCUUGCCCUGCUCCUACACUGUAAAUAAUGAAGCAAGUGUGACCCUGCUCUCUGAGUCACUCAGAGUCUCAUGAAAAAAGCAGUUUUCAGGAUUUCACACCCUCUCCCCUUGUUACAUUGGAUACCUGUAAUCAGGCAUCUGGAUAAUCUCUGAUCUCCCCAACUAAGAAGUAUGUGAAGUUAGACUUGUUUCUAGACUGCUCCACCAGACUGGCUCAGCCAAGUGACCCAAGGCUCCCCAGACUAACACAAGGCUUGGUUUAGCUGGGCUGGGCCCUGGGCUGGGCUGCAGGCACAGCUCUGAUUAAGCUGAAAUACCUUUAUUGCAAGUGCUGGCCUUAAACUGCCACCUCGUUCUUGAAGUCUGGUUGAACAAAAGCAAAAAUGUGCUUUCACAUUUUGAUUAAAAACUCAGGUUCAACUUUUACAAACCUCUAAUGACUACUUUCAGUGUAAUUAACUGGAUUAAACAUGACAAAUUGCAAAUAACUGGUAACCUUAAUAUUGGAGAACUCUAACAGGAGAUGUUAGUUUUGCUUAUAAGAUGUGCAUAAGAAGGGAGGUGUGUAAUGCUGACCUUUCUUUAAUUAAUUAUAUAUUCUAGAGCAUUCCCAUUCUUUCCCUGCUUAUGACUCUCAUCUCAGUUUCAUUUCAUGCUAAAUAAACCCUCAUAUUUACUUUGCAGCUUUGUUGAAGACUCUACCUUAAUCUGGGAAGAAUUAGUACACAUCAUGGAAUUAUGUACAUCCCACUUGAGCUCACAUGCCAGGGCUCCUGCCUUUAUUCUGCAAGGUACUUUAACAUGAAGAUACUUUAACAUGAUGUUGCCAUGGAUGUCUGGCAUGAGCACCAACUGGUAUUCCUCAAAAAAAGGACUGUUAACUGCUUGAACUUUGAAUAUUACUGUGAUGUUAGGAUUUCUCUUAUUAUGGCAUAAUGUUCUGUCAUUGUUAUGUGACAUUAUACCUACAGAAACUAUUAAUAAAGGAUUUUGCUAGAA